CUAAGUGAUGAUCUGCCUGCACUCGUACGGCGAGCUGGUACGCUCUGAUCUCUCUGCCUCUCAUGUUCCUGUUCACUGUUAAUCAGUGUCCCACAUGCGCCUUCCUGCACACACCUUUCUGCUUCACUUUCCACUAAAUCUUUCUCACAUCUUUUUAGGGGAACAUUUAUUUUACCAUACGCACUGAGUGAAGAGAAGGGAGGAGAGCGCUGGGAUUGUUUUUGGCCGAGAGUAACUACAGCAGCAGAUGCUUGAAGAUAAUUGUCGUUCUUGGCAAACCAAAACAAAGGAAGAUUUUUUUUUCGAUCCUCUUCAAGGGUCCCGAGGUUAUUCUCCCAAUUAAUAGGAUGACUGACGAGCGCACACGUUGAGAUUUUUAACAUUGAAAAUCUAGAUGGACCCAUAGCAACAGGGAAAAGAAGACUUAACCCAAGACAGGGAAUUUAAAGGGGACAUUAUGAACACCACAGAUCACCAUGGAUUAAUCCAAGGCUUCUAUAACAGGAGCCAAACCUCAGGCAUUUUGCCACUUAACAAAGACUUAUCAACCGAGGAGAAGGACUCGUCGGCAGGGUGCUACGAGCAGCUGCUGAUUUCCACAGAGGUUUUUCUCACCCUGGGCAUCAUCAGCCUGCUGGAGAACAUCCUGGUUGUUGCCGCUAUCGUCAAAAACAAGAACCUUCACUCACCCAUGUACUUUUUCAUCUGUAGUCUAGCUGUAGCCGACAUGCUUGUCAGUGUCUCCAACGCCUCAGAGACUAUCGUCAUAGCGCUCAUCAAUGGAGGCAACCUGACCAUCCCCGUCACGUUGAUCAAAAGCAUGGACAAUGUGUUUGACUCCAUGAUCUGUAGCUCUCUGUUAGCGUCCAUCUGCAGCCUUCUGGCCAUCGCCAUUGAUCGCUACAUCACCAUCUUCUACGCGCUGCGAUACCACAACAUUGUCACCCUGCGACGAGCAAUUUUGGUCAUCAGCAGCAUCUGGACGUGCUGCAUUGUGUCGGGCAUCCUAUUCAUCAUCUACUCAGAGAGCACCACUGUGCUCGUCUGCCUCAUCACCAUGUUCUUCACCAUGCUGGUGCUCAUGGCUUCGCUGUACGUCCACAUGUUCCUGCUGGCCCGUCUGCACAUGAAGCGCAUCGCCGCGCUGCCGGGCAACGCGCCCAUCCAUCAGCGAGCCAACAUGAAGGGCGCCAUCACCCUCACCAUCCUCCUCGGGGUGUUCGUGGUGUGCUGGGCGCCCUUUUUCCUCCACCUCAUUCUCAUGAUCACCUGCCCUAGGAACCCCUACUGCACCUGUUUCAUGUCCCACUUCAACAUGUAUCUCAUCCUUAUCAUGUGCAACUCUGUCAUUGACCCCAUCAUCUACGCCUUCCGCAGCCAAGAAAUGAGAAAAACCUUCAAAGAGAUUUUCUGCUGCUCGCACGCUCUCCUGUGCAUGUGAGCUGCCUGAUAAGUGUGAGCAGAGCUUUGACUCUGAUAGCUGAAAUCAGCAAUUUAAAUGAAACUUGGCCGACAAGGACUUUGAGACCUGUGAGCCGUAAUCACUGUGGACUCAUCGCUGUGGCUCUGUUGUGCCCAGUGUUCUUGCAGUCGGCUGUUAAUGAUUGACCAGUAGGGCGCUCGCCUUUAGUUAUGUGAGUCAGAUUGCUGAAGAGGUAGGUUUACAGACACCUUGUAAAAUAGAGUACAGCUCUGUAUAUGUAGAUAUCUUUUCUCUUUCUCACUCUAAACUAUUGCCUGUCACACUUGUCUCGCUGUUUACUGUCAAAGAAAAUAAUAUGUUUAUCUUAAAGAUCGUUGUGUAUCUACAUGGAUUAUGUCACAUAAAUGUCACAGCUGUUGCAACAGCAGCUUGUCCUUUGGAAAUCUAGCGAAGAGAUUAACACACAGUAGUAUUCGACAGACUACCUCUAUGUUUGAGAGUGCACUCCACCUCAUAACAGGAUAGGACAGAGAUCACUGUGCACACCGCAAGCAAAGAUAGAAAUACAUGUGUACCCCUGUCAUGUACUGUUUUGCAUUGCAGUGAAUGUAAAUAUCUGUACAUAUGUUAUUUCUUCAUUACGCCUCACUGAUUUGAGAUGAAGGCAGUGUAUCCUGCUCAACAAAAGUGGAAUGUUUACCUUUUUUUCAAAUGUGACAUUUUUGUAAGUUAGAGGUUAAACUAUUAGAAAGCACAGGGGAACACACAUAAACUGAAAAUGACUACUUUGUGGAAAUGAGGUGUUACCAGUGAUUUUCCAAGCUGCUCUUAACGGAUAAGUAACACUGAGAUCAAAUUAGAUGCUUCUAGAAAUCACAAAACAAGAGCACAAAGGAAACGUAGCACAUCGCCAGUCUUUGCUGAUCUGCUGUUUCCCGUGUCUAACCCACUCAGCGUAGUAACCACAGGCUAUUGACUGGGAUCUAAAAUGCAGUGGGUUGUAAAAUCACUCACUGGGUUAGAUGUUUACAGCAAUGAGGGUAAUACUUACAUUCCCCUUAGUACGAAUGGUAUGGAAAAUAGAGCUUACCUUAGAGCUUAACUUUAAAAUAGAAAAAGCUGGAAAAUGCCAGUGUAUUUCUCAGGCACAAAAGAUGAUGUAGAUGUAGUUUAGUUUAUCUGCAUCCAUAGACGAAUGGGAACAACAAUUCAAGGUGACCAGGAACCUUCCCGCCAGCGUGUCGUCCCCAGUUUUUGGCACUUUACACCCUUACCUGAUCAGAGACGCUGUUUUUGUUGACCUUCACCACUGAAUUCCCCUUUGAAGCAGGGCAGCAGAAAAGAUUUUAUUUCCUUCCAGGGAUGAAGAGAAAGUCACUUUAAUGUUUGCAAAUCUUGAGUUUUGUCUGAGCAAAUAGCCAAAACAGACCAGAGGCCUGUUCUACAAAGCAAGAUCAACAUGGCCUGGAUUUAUUCCCGUUUCUGUUACGUAACAAUUGCGAUCCCGCAUAAACUGCGUACCGACGGUGUUGAACAUCCAAUUCAAUAAAGCCAGGGUUUCCAAAUCCAGUGACGUUAUCACAUAAAAGAGGUGGUGUUUGCUCCAUAUGAGCAAUCGCAAUCAUGGACGAGUCCACCAAAACCGCAUAUUUUAAACAAGAAGAUAAUCCUACAGUAAUAUGAAGAACACAGGCAAAAAGCAAGACGCUGACGCUGUAAAUGCAUAAAGUACAAGACUUAUAUCACUGCCCAAUGAGUCAGGCACGACAAGAUCUGACCAGAAUUACAUUUCGUGCAUUCCAUAAACUUUGGUCACUGUAGCCUAUGUUCUUUCAGUUGCAUCCUUUGUAGUAGUAAGCGAUUGUGAGAGCACAUGAGCAAUAAAAAAUAAACAUAAUUCAAACCGAUGGGCGCAUUGGCAAUAUACGGCUCAAGAAGCUGACAAAGAUAUUUAACUCCCUCCGCUGAAAAUCUAUAUCUUUCAUGAAAAUACUACAAGUUGUCAGUCUCCAAAUGUUUGAAUUUUUAUGAGUGCACCUCUCUCUCUCUCUCUCUCUCUCUCUCUCUCUCUCUCUCUCUCCCGCACCAAGCUCCACCGGAUCUUCUAAUAACGGUGACGCCGUUAUCAACCGAGUAUUGCCAGUAUUGAUUGGUCAGUAGGCGGUGCUUUUACCCCGAUUGAUCUCUAAUCUCCAACAUAGCCUGAGGUCAGGUGUUCAGCAUGAGUUACCACGGCGAUUUAACUCCGUAACAAGUGACCCACCGCCGUGAUGCACUAAACCCUGGGUUGAGUUCGAUGACACUACCGUCAGUACACCUUUGACUCAUGCCAUCUGUUGCUUUCCAAUCAAGGCUCUUGUGUAUUUCUGGUUGGUGUAGAUGUUGGUGUAAAUGUGCACACGUGGGUUGUUCUAAAUCUCAGCAUGCACACGUGACCCUACAGAGAUCUGUUUCAUCAUGUUUACAGUAUGUAAAAGCCAGAUUUUGGUGAAUGUAUUUUUGUGUUUGUGUCGUGUAACUGGUUGCAUUUCUCCUUGCCUUAAAUAUGUUGCACUGUGGUGUAAAGAGCAACCUUAUCCGCUGUGGCAGUAUUUUAUAAACUGAUGUAGUCAGUAUUUACAUGUUGGCAAGUGCUAUUUUUAAUAAUGCCUCCUUUUUUAUUUAUUAAUGCCUUUUUUUUAAUGCAAAGUGCAUUUUGAAGCUCAUCAAAAAACACAAGGAAAGUGAUGUAAAUGGGUUUCUGUCAAAGCUUUGCCUGGAUUUCGAUUCAUGUGUGCCGAUAUGAAGCUGUUUGCUUGACCAAUGCAUCCUAUGUGAAUUACUGCUGCAAAGUAACUUUAAUAAAUCACACUGUCACCUUA